AGCCAGGCCAUAGGAGGAACUGCACAAGCGUAUCAAAUGUCAACACGGCAUUUUUGGAAGACCGUGACCAACAACAAAAAGCACAAUGUUCGCCACAACGUAAACCAGAGGCAGAGUAACUACUGUAUUUACAUGCUGAGCAAGAGGACCUCCCCCCCGGUGGAGCUGGCUUCUCCACCCCACCCCCGGGAGUGACUCCACUAACCGGACUUUCCUCCCGGGUGCUGCCCGCAGAGGAGGAAGUAACAUCGAACGACUCACUUCUCUCCGGGAAAGGGAGAAAAAAACAACACCCCAGGAACUAGUUCGUUUUAAACGCGUUCACAACUUCUUUUUUCCUGCCCGUAUCUCCGCAAUAAUGUCCGUCCAGAGCCAGAAGACCACCACGACCACCUAUCGGACGAUGAACACGGUCUCCCCCGAGCCGGUGACCGGCAACGCAGUGCUGACCACUACCGGGACAGUCCGCCCGGCCUCUCCGCUCCAGUACGCCGUCAACGGCGGCAACUACAGCACGCUGCGUUACCUGGUGCCGGUGCAGCCGACCGUGCAGCAGCAGUCCUACGUGCUGGUGCAGCAGCCGGCGGUCAUGCAGCAGAUGAUGUCGCCCGUCUACCUGCAGGGCGUCCCCCGCGUGAGCGUCAGCAGCAUGGAUUCAGAGCUCCUGUUCCAACAGAAUUCGGAGGAGGAUGAGGAAGCGGUGGAAGUGGAGGAGGUGGAGAUCGUCAACGUAAUACAGCAAAAGCCGCCGCCGCCGCCGGCCAUCGAGAAGAUCUCCCGGACGGAGGUGAAGACCGACCUGAGCGAAGCCACCAAGAUGGACACGCGCUACUUCGCUGCCUUGCUAGCUGACGUCUACAGGAAGAACUGCGACAUCCACUCCUGCAUCUCCGAGCACGUGUCCAAGAUUCGAGGACAGACAGUGGAUCUCGGUGUUGACCAGGUGCAAGAUGUUGAGGCCAUGCUCCCCAAAGGAGCCACUGAACUGACCAAACAGCAAAUUCGUUACCUGUUGCAGACUCGCCUGACUGCGGAUAAGAGCAUGCGUCUGCUGCUGUCCACCUUCAGCAGCCUGAGAGAGGAACUCCUCCACAUGUCCGAGGACCUGCGGCGUCUGGAGAGCGAGAAGGAGGCGCUGGAACGAGAUCUGGCCUUCAAAGUGGAUCAGGCUCGCCAGUACGACAGCCUCUUGGAAGAGGUGCGCGAAAACAACAGGCAGCUUCAGGUGUCUCUGAAGGAGACCACCUCCACCCAGCGUGCCUUGGAGAGCCAGCUGAUGAGCGCCCGCAACGUCGACUCGAGCCGCGACUUCCGCAUGCGGGAGUUGGAAGGACGCAUCAGGGCUCUGGAGAAGGAGAACGAGAUUCUCCGACAGAAGCAAUUAGGCCAAUCGAACAGCAGCACGCUGCACAUCAAGACCGAGGAGCUAUCGCGGCAAUUCAACGAGCAGCUCAGCAUCAUGAAACAGGAGAAGGAGCAAGAGAUCCUGCGGCUGCGGACUCAGAUUACGAGGCUCCAGACGGAGAUCACCACCGAUAGGACGUCGUCCGCAUCGGAGAAGAGCCUCCAGCUGAAGAUCUCGGAGCUCCUCGCCAUGCUGGAGCAGCGGCAGACCACCAUCACCAGGCAGGAGGAGGAGAUCCGGAAGCUGAUGAUGGACAGAAGCAAAAACGACAACUCCAGGACAACUAAGACUAUCAUCACCAAAAGAUACAGGACCCAGUACCCGAUCCUCGGCCUGCUGGGUGACGACUACCAGGGGACCACAAGCUCGCCCAUCGGUGAAGACAAGACCGUCGUCAUUGAACGAACCGGAGAUGUUUAUCAACAGGAAUGAGGAAACAACAACGUGGAAAUCACCCGUCCUGUCCACUCCAUUGAUUCUGUAGGAUGGCUCGAACGUGGGAAUGCACCCCCAUCUUUUAUUUUGAUACUAAUACAACAAUUCUAUGCGCCCCGCCCCCCUUUUUUCUUUUUUUUUUUGCAUUGGCCAAUUAUGGGCAAACAUUGACUAGCUUUUGCAGUAGUUUAUUGAUGUUUCCCCAUACAGCAAAGGUGAAUUUGUCACUGUACAUAUUUAAAUAUAUAUAUUUCUGAGACGGUUUAGAGAAACGGGGAGCUUUGCUUUGCUGUCAGACGCUCGCUACUGUAGCAUGAAGGGAGGAGGUGCAUGGAUGUGGGUGCUUAUAGUUGUUGGAUGGAUCUUAAAGCACAACAUGAUGUUAACGGUUAUUUCCUUUUGUGUUUGGAGUGUAGUGAAAGUGUUUUGUUUUGUUUUUUUGUCCGCUGGAAGCUGUGCAACAGCCUGGUUAGUAUGGGAUGCUAACUCUUUAGCAAUAAAAGUGCUUUACAAAAGA